AUGCACCAAGCAAUGACAAUGGCAGAGAAGAAAGGAGCACUAAAGCCACCACCGCCAGCUGUGAUGCGUAUUAAUUUGGAUGAGGGCACCAACACCUUCUGUCAAACGUGUCCAGGGAAAGGACUAUUGGAACUGUUUCGGCUUUCUCGUUGUGGGUGCUCGAACGAUGAUGAACCAGGAACAGUCCAGUUGGAAGAAGAAAGCUCGGCGCCAAUCAUAACGUACUUGACUAAGGAAGACAAAUCGCGCAAAAGACGAUGGAGCGGUCAAGAAAAAAGAUUGUUAAAAUGGGCCGAGGAAGCAAACACCGCGUUGCCAUUCAGAAGCGCGUUCUAUGAGUUCUUCAAAGCGUUGAGGUCAUCAAUAGCGCAGGUUUAUGAGAGACACCGAAAUGAAGUUAUUUAA